GGGGAGUCAGCGAGGGUUGUCUCGCCAGGGUGAUCGACAUGGGAAGGUCACAGCGCCGUCAGCAUGAGGCUGCCGCGGAUCAUGUGCAGGACACAUUCAGGGCCCGCUCCCCUGUCUAUCGGUACCUGGUUGUCAGCCAGAAGGUCGACAACAAGGGGGUCAUGAUGCUCCGUUGCACGUUUUGCAACAAAGUUUUCCAAGGGACCCAGUUUCAGGCCACGAGGCACUUCUCGCAGACAAACUACUGCAAGGACGUCAGCGACGAGGCGUUGUACGAGAUUGCUCGACGGACUCAGCAGAAGUUUGAGGCCGAUCAGAUGGAGAGGGUGUCGAGGUAUGCAGCGGAGCGCGAACUGGAUGUGCCCGGCACGGGUGUUGCAAGGGGAGGAGAGGUGGGGCGACGUCCGGCGGAGGGAGGGGUCGGGGGAGAUGGUGGGCAUGGUGCGGCAGACCCCACUUUGGGUGGUGGAGGCGGUGAGACAGAGGAGGGCGUGAUCCACAUGGAUCGCGAGGCGCGUGGCCCGGGUGACGAGGGAGUCCCGGAACGGGAGGACGUGCCUGAGGUUUAUCCAGGCACUGGGGAGAGGUUGGAGGACUGGCGGAGGCGAGCAGGCAAGGGAGCUGCAACGGAGGGGUCUUCCAAGAGGAAGGAAGGAGGGAGUGAUCCGGCUGCCACCCCAGCAGGGAAGAGGCUUCGGCAGCAGAAGGUGACUGAUGUCUACGGUGGCGAGUGGGUUGCCCGCCACAAGAAGGCAUUCCUUCGCUGGUUGUAUUCCAGCGGGGUCUCCUUCAAUGCCUUCCGCAACCAGGCGUGGAAGGCAUAUCAGCAGGUGCUUCUUGAGCAGCCUGGCGGUUCCCCGCGCGCAGUGCUCCUCAACCACUGCGAGAUUGCGAGUAUGCGGGCGGUGGAGACCCACCGUGCAAAGUUGGCGGAGGAGUUGGAGGAGGUGAGGCAGCCAUUCUGGGUGACUGGUGCCACCCUCCUCUCCGAUGGGAGGAAAUCACGAGACGGGAGACCGAUCGUGAAUUUCCUUGAUGCUGGCUCUCGAGGGGUCGUCGUGUACAUGACGAUCAAUCCAGAGGGCGAGCCGGACGAUGCAGUGCACGUCCUUCAUAGAUGGGUUACCAUCUUCCACGAGUUCAGCUUUGGCGGGCCGCAGCGAAUCAAUGCGAUAUGCACUGACUCCGCUUCUGCCUAUGUGGGGGCUGCAAGGGCAUUGACCUCGCCGUCCAUGCCUCCUGCACUGAGGAGGAUCACUUGGCUCCCGUGCUCCGUCCAUGUCUACAACAAAUCGUUGUCAGACAUGGGGACGAGUUGCGACGCGUUUGUGGACGCGAUCACACGCGCUCGUGUGCUGGUGGUGUUUUUCAAAACCCACCAGGCCGCCCUUCAUUUUUUUAGGUUGCGCAGCCCCGAGAAGGGGCUUAUUCUUUUUUGCGAGACGCGGUUCGCGUCUGUUUACUCCAUGCUGGAGAGGCUGUUGGCCCUGCAGGACACUUUGCAGGACAUGAUGAGAGGGGACGACGCGCGGGCUUUUGCUUCCAUCCCGUGGUCCGCCGAUGUGUGCGUCAUGGCGCGGUGGGUGCGUCGACAGAUCAGAUGGGAUCCAUGGUGGCAGAGGGUGGCCACCAUCGUCCAUAUCAUGCAGCCCGUCAUGGAGUUGCUCAGGAGGAUGGAUCGUGGAGGACAGUACAUGCCCCUCAUGAUCGAGUGCACGCAGGAUCUUGUUCGCCGUGUCACAGUUGCAUGCGCCCCUUUGGGGACGUCGUUCGCCGACGGGAUCAUCAGGCGUGUGCAGGCUCGCAUACAGCACAUGCUUGAGCCAGCUCACUGUGCAGGGUUCUUACUGAACCCCCGCAGGCGACACGUUCGCUACUUUUCGGGGCAGGUGGAGAGUUAUGUGCUGCCAUGGCAGCGGGACGAGGGCAUGUUGGAUUGCCAGGCAGGACUCGAGUUGGAGCCUGUGCGCACGGGAACUCGCAGGGGGAUGACGGACGAGGAGAUUGCCCGUCAGGUUGCACUUAUUACUCGAGAUCCCAUCGGGGCGUCCGCACCACCCUCGGCUGAUGCCGUUUUCGAUAGACAUGCUUGCAUUUUUCGUCCCUACCCUAGGGACGACGACUCAGACGAGAAGCCGAUACCCGAGGCGGCAGAUGACCCUGCGCUCCGCAUUCCUCGCGAGAUCAACGAGAUGCACGAGGAUCCCGGCUCCGAGGACACGAGGACACAGACUGCACGACGGGCGGCGGACCGGGCAGAGAGCGAGAUGCUGGGGGGAGAAGAGGACUUUUGGGGCCCAUUCGGUGAGGUCGCUUCCACGGGCGGCCCAGAGGCGCAGGCGACGACCCCCACUCUGACGAGGCGGGAUUCGUCCAUGCCGCCACCUCCUGCUCCAAGUCCUGCACCACGAUCGCCCGUCUCGCCAUUUCAGCCGGACAGGGAGGAGUUGGGGUCCUCUUUGCCUCAGCGAGGCCUUCUCCACAGAGGCGGGGCAGUCCGCCAGCUUAGGUUACGAUCACCUUCCCCGGGGAUAGGGCAGGAGGAGGGGGGACCUUCGGCAACAGCAGUGGAGAGUUCGAUGGCACCAGCGGCUGUGUCGGACGCGACGAUCGCGGCCGCGGUGGAGGAGAUAGCAGCAGCAGCAGCAACAUCAGUGCUAGAGGAGAUGGCAGCAUCAGUGCUGGCGGAGGAUCCACCAGCGGCAGGAGGAGGUGCAGCAGUGGACGGGCAGGUGGCAGCAGCAGGAGGAGCAGGUGGAGGAGCAGUAGCAGUGGAGGUUGAGGUGGCAGCAGCACUGGAGGAGGAGGACGCACCGUCGACAGCUGCAAUGGAGGAGGAGAUAGCCGCACAGGCCGAGGUGCAGCGUGGGGGCGAUGACGAGCGCCUCAUGCAGCAGUUCCUCAUGGAGGAGCUCGGUCCGGCCAUAGCGGGUAUGACCCCAGGUGUGGAGAGGGGGUUUGGGAUUUCAGAUUCGGAGAUGGGGACCCACUUAGACUUGGAUUUGUCGGUGGGCCUUCCACCCAGUUGCGGCAGGGCAACAUCGACGGAUCGGGCUCCAUCAAGGGACGAGGCACCAGGCAGGACUUCGACGCAGACCGCCAGAGAGAGGACGACGACUCAGUCUCCAGAUGCAGCACACGACAUCAUGGAGCGAGAGAGGGCUAGACUUUUGGCAUUGACUGACCCUCGUGCUCAGGCGUUCGCACGGGCCGUAGAGGACGCCAGGCGUCUAGAGAUAGGGGCGGAUUGUGUGCAGGGUGGGGUGGUGGCGGGGGAGGACGUUGCGGAGGGAGUGGCAGCAGAGCCGGUACCCGAGGCUAUGCCGGGUGGAGCAGAGACAGCGGACGUUGCUGUGGAGGAACGGACUCAGGCGGUCGAUGAGGCAGUGCAGGCAGGACAGCGACAAGUCGAGGGGGCUAUAGACUCACGACGCGAGGGGCAGGAGACAGCGACGGGUCCAGUCCCACUUUGCUCCGCAGGAGGUCCAUCGUCCUUUGGAUGGAGAGGAGUUGGCGAGAGAGGCUGUGCGCGAUGUUACUCGCUUGGACCGGCGGAUCUUCGAUCGGAAGCUCGAGCACCCACCGUGGCAGUCGAUCUCUUCGGUUCCAUGGGGUCCUGCGUGCCCGUGUGGUCUGGGUCUACCUCCACUGGAGGACAUACCGCGGGACAUGUUCCAGGGGUUUCGGGUGGCGUGACGGAGACAGCGCCACGCACAGGAGACAUGCCACCCCCUCCUCCCAGAGCAACUGCAGGUGAUCCAUCAUCGUCACCCACAGGCAGAGGCUCUCGAUCCCCACACACGCCUGGGAGAUCUAGGAUUCGUGACACGACAACAGUUCAGCAGGACGUGUGUGACACGACGAUAUUCAGGAGGACAGAUAUACAUUUGGAUUCCACCCGCCGUGUCACGGAGCACACUGCACGCCUUCAGCCGGGCUUGGGAGGAGGAGGCGCUAGGACGACCACAGCGAGGGAGGUACCGGCAUCGGGUUGUGAGCCUCAGCGAGGUCGUGGCAGAGGAGUGUCGACCGAUACCUUGGAGUAUGCUCUGAGAGCAGCGACGCAUGCCGUGCAGGAGCAGACUCCACGCAAGCGUGGAGUACCUCCUCGUCCACGCCCCGUGUCUGCAGAGGGAUGCGCAACACUUGGAGAGAGUUCGGGGGCGGAGGGGUUGGGGAUGCCUCGUGGUUCCCGCCGUGAGCAGACCAUUGCAGAGGCUAGUGGGAGGGUUGUUGUGUUGAGGAAGGGAGGAGGCCUAGUCACCAUCGAGGAGGAUGAUCCUGAUACGGAUGCGGCUGUGUGGGAUGCGGACAAGGACUACGAGGGCGAGGAGGAGGGAGAGGAGGAUAGCAGGAGCGGUUCCGAUGGUGACGACGACUACGACUACGAUGAGCCCCCACCUUCCCCAGGACCCCCACCGACGAGUGCAUCUAGACGCUCCGCUGCACGGACUUCUUCAUCCUCACGAGGGAGGAAGAGGUCGACAUCCGGCACUCGAGAGGGUACGAGGAGACACAGCGGGAAGGGGAAGAAGGGUCGUUGACCGAUGAGGCCAACACUCCGCU